AUGUCCAAGUCCCAGGUUUUCUUCGACAUCACCGCUGGCGGUCAGCCUCUCGGCCGCAUCGUCAUGGAGCUCCGUGGUGAUGUUGUUCCCAACACCGCUGAGAACUUCCGCGCUCUCUGCACCGGUGAGAAGGGUACCGGUCGCAGCGGCAAGCCCCUCCACUUCAAGGGCGCUUCCUUCCACCGUGUCAUCCCCCAGUUCAUGCUCCAGGGUGGUGACUUCACUGCCGGUAACGGCACUGGUGGUGAGUCCAUCUACGGCGAGAAGUUCAGGGACGAGAACUUCACCCUGAAGCACACCGGCCCCGGUAUCCUCUCCAUGGCCAACGCCGGCCCCAACACCAACGGCUCCCAGUUCUUCAUCUGCACCGAGAAGACCUCGUGGUUGGACGGCAAGCACGUCGUCUUCGGCUCCGUUGUCGAUGGUCUUGACGUUGUCAAGAAGGUCGAAUCCUACGGUUCCUCCAGCGGUGCCACCAAGGCCAAGAUCGUCAUUGCCGACUGCGGUCAGCUUGCUUAG